GGUAGCUCCAGUGUGUCCGCAGGUGAGCGGCAACAAGAGAAGAAGACACCGACGCACCAAACAACGUAGUGCCAAACUGUUGUCAGAAAUGACUUGCGUCCUACCUGUACACUGAUAUGGUCCAAGGUUGACGUAAAAUCCGCCAUGGUGAAUUUUGGAGUAUGCUGUGCCAACCUCAAGGACAACAAAGCCCUGAUGAAGAUGGGGCUGGGGCUGGUGCUGGUGGGCCACGUUAACUUUCUUCUUGGAGCGCUGGUGCACGGCGCUGUGCUCAGGCACAUCAACGUGCACUCUCUGGCCCGGAACAUGGUGUACGCCAUCUCUAAUGUCAUUGCUAUUGUGGCAGGCUUGGUGGGAAUUAUAGGUGGAAUAACUGCCAUUGUCCUGUCCAAAAACAAGAGGAACAGGAUCCUGCAGUGGGUCUUGCUGGUCUUCAGCUUCCUGGCAGGUCUCUUGUCGAUUGCCUCCACCCUGGCCGUGUCAGUUUCAAUGGUGAAAGCCAUCAUAAACAAAGGAUGGGGCCUGCUAACACACUGCACAUUCUCUGGAAAUGAUCAGGGCUCCUCCAGCAUCACAUAUGAAUGCCCCUUCGACCCCACCCGGAUCUAUGGCACCACAAUCAUUCUGUGGGUGCCUCUCAUCUUGAUGUCGUUGGUGGAAAUGGUGUUCUCCUUCCGCUGCUUUGCUGCCUGCACGUCAUUCCUCUACCUCUGUCCGUGCAGGAGGCGGCCGACCCGAGGCAGGAGGGUGCGUAGCCAGGGAGCUGUUGAAACUCCGUCGUUGCCUCCAGAGCGGGAUCCAGAGCGCGAUGCUGUAACUGAGCCUGCAGAGCAGGAGGAACUGCUGGACGACACUGCAGUGGAGCAGAGUGCCUGGCUCUGAAGCGGCGCAACCUGAUCGGUUGCAAAUCGCCCGUCCUAACUGGAUCAAAUGAAACAUCUGUGAUGUUUCUGUUACAGAUUAAGUGUCUGAAGACAUUUUUCAGCAAUGGCAUUGUAUUUCCCUGAUAAAAUACUGCUGUUGGUUUGGUUUUAAAUUGUCAGAUAUUGUUUGUGUACUGGAUAUUGCCGUGAAAAUAAAUACAGAGCACGGACA